CGCAGUUCGCGAAUAAACUUCACAACCGCAAAACUGCUAAAAAACUAUUACUAACAAUUUGUUAAGCCUGUCAAGCCGUUCUUAAUCUCUCACAAUGCAGACAGCCGUGUUGAUUCUCCUAGUUGCGUGCUCGGCCGCCAACGCCCUUCGCUUCGCUCGUCAAUUGCCUCUGCCUCCGCUGACAGGCGGCAGCGCCGGUUGCACCGCUGAACAGAAAUCCCUCUGCGGCAUGGCACAGUGUCAGAAUAACAACAACCAGAACACCCAGGUGAUCACCGGUGGCAACAGUGGAGGCGGCGGCCUUAUCAGCCUGAUCCCGGUCAAUCUGGGCAAUGGUGCCGGUGUGCAGCUCCCCAUUAACGCAAACGUAUGCCCGCCAGUCUCUGUCUGUGGUGUCUGUGCCGCCGCCAACGUCGCUGGUUAAUAAGAGCCUUUAUAAUAUGCGUCUGCUGAUUAUGUGAACCAUAUUGGUUUUCUGUAUAUGUUUUGACAAAGCUGCUGUGACCGAAUUGUUUCCUGAGACGAUAUUGUUAAAAUGAUACGGAUGUUGAAUUUCCGAAUGAAUUCAUUAAAUGACUGUCAAACA